CAAAGAUCAAGGGCUUCUCGCCCUGGCCGGCAAUGGUGAUCGAGGAAUCUCUUUUGCCUGCCGACAUUCUCAAGAGAAAGCCCAAAGCCACCACCUUGUCCAAAAAGAGACGUGGUAAGACCGCUACAGGCUCCGGAGAGCCGAUUCCCGUGAGGUUUUUCGCAGAUGAUACAUACAACUGGAUGGACGCCCCAGACUUGUCGCCGUUAACCCUGGAGAUGAUUGGCACGUUCAAGAAAAAGGGCAGCAAGUUGUUUGUUGCAGCAUACGAGUUUGCUGCCAAUCCUCCCGUGAUGUCGGACUUUGCCAAGUGGGGGAGCUACGGUCAGGAUAAUGUGGUGGAGGAGGAAGAGCCGGUCAAGCCGGUAAAGAGAAAGGCGCCGGAGCCUAGAGUCCCUGCUAAAAAGUCCAAGCCUGAGCCGACCAAAAAGGCCCCUGUGAGGGUUCCAAAGGCAUCCAAAACGAAACCUAGACUUGUUAUAGCGGACUCUUCGGACGACGAGUUUGACUUGACGGACUAUGAAGACGACUUUGGCAUUGAUGUACCUUUUGGGAAGGAGUUGUCUGACCUUUUGAGAAAGUUCGAGCCCGUCAUCGUCAAUGCCAAGAUCUUUUUCCAAAAAGCGUAUGUAAACGACAUAAACCUGGAUGAAAAAGUCUCGUUGGCUGAGACGGUGGUUGCGCAGACCUCCAAGACCUUGGAUACGUUGUUGAAGAAUGCUACAGUAAUCCCGUUGUCUGUGGUGUACAAAUCCAGUUUGUUUAGGGUUUUGCUUGCCAUCUUGAAGAGGCCCGAGUUGGAGGCAUUGACACGCACCGAUAGGGAGUGGGCCAAGACGUACCGCAAGUUCCAGAAGUUGGUUGCCGUUUGGUUUGACAUGGAGGUGCAAGUCGACGAGAGGUGGUCGAUGAGGGAAGAGGAGAAACAACAGACGGAAACCACUCCGGAAACAGAAGUCAAGCCGGAGGCUGAAGCUGUGGCAGAAAUCUAAACCUUGGAGUGGGGAACCACUGUGGGUCUUUUGUUGCAUAAUACGUAGAAUAAAGCAG